AUGGUCUUGUUCGAAAUGCGCGGCGUUGUGGUGGCGGCGUUGUUGUUGCUUGCGUACCCUAUUUGCAAGAUUAUAUACAACUUGUACUUCCAUCCGCUAGCCAAAGUCCCUGGGCCGCGGAUAUGGGCUGCCACCCGUCUCCCGUACAUCCGGGCUCUCAUCCAGGGGACGAUAGUACACGACUUUGAGAAGCUUCACCAGGUGUACGGACCUGUUAUACGAAUAGCGCCGGAUGAAGUCACAUUUGCGCAGGGAGAAGCAUACAAUGAUAUCUUUCGAAUCCGCCAGGGCCAUCGACAGUUUCUGAAAGACCCUAUAUGGUGGUCACGGCAGCCUGGUCAGCCAAACUCGAUUCUCAGCGCGAUAGAGCCGGAAAGCCAUGCGCGCAUACGGAAGAUACUGGCUCCUGCUUUUACUACGCGUGCACUGAAGGCUCAGGAGCCGCUGGUUCAGAAAUAUGUCAAUCUGCUUAUCGAACGAAUGCAUGACAAGGCGGCCGAGGCGAAGAAUGGCCAAAACGGGGUAGAAUUUGAUAUCGGUCCCUGGUUCAACUUCACCACCUUUGAUAUAUUUGGAGAACUGGGCUUUGGAGAGUCCUUUGAUUGCCUCCAGAACUCGCGAUACCAUCCAUGGAUUGCUCUGCUUUUCAACAGUGUCAAGGCAGCCUCGUUUAUUUCUGCUACUAAAUUUUUCCCCCUCGUCACCUUCUUGCUCAUGAAAUGUAUACCUGAGUCUCUCAAGAAAAUGCAAAAGGAUCACUUCCAGCAGAUUGUCGACAAGGUAGACCGUCGUCUCAGCUGGGAACUCGAUCGCCCUGACUUCAUGUCGCAUGUUAUAAAGGCGGAUGGCGGAACGAAGAUGCCAAUGGGAGAGGUCUAUGCGACCUUCAUGGUCAUGACGACCGCCGGGAGCGAGACUACAGCGACCACGCUUAGCGGUACCAUGAAUCACCUCGUGGCUCAGCCGGACAUACUUGCUAAGCUCACCGAAGAGGUGCGCAGUGCAUUCAUGAGCGAAAGCGAGAUGAACCUGGAGGCUUUACAGGGCCUGCAAUAUCUCAACGCAGUCCUACGAGAAGGCCUACGACUCUGCCCGCCUGUUCCAUGGAUGCUGCCUAGGGUAGUCCCUCCCGGGGGUGAUACCGUAUGCGGGACAUGGUUGCCUGGGGGUACCACAGUAAGUAUCCAAGCAUACACUCUCAACCGCGACCCAUCAUACUUCCACUCUGCCACCACAUUCACCCCUGAACGUUGGCUCCCCGAGGCUAGUACCAACCCCAAAUCCCCGUACUUCAGAGACCAGCGAAGUGCCGUUCAGCCGUUCAGCGUGGGUCCGAGAGAGUGUAUAGGCCAGCAUCUUGCAUGGGCGGAGCUGAGACUUAUCCUCGCAAGAUUGGUCUGGGCUUUCGAUUUCGAGGCAGCGGGAGAGAAGAAACUCAAAUGGGAAGAGCUGAGGACGUUUCUGCUGGUCGAGAAAAAGCCGAUUGAUGUGAGAAUCAAACGGCGAUCAGAAUAA